CACCACCACAUGGCUAAUCAUGGCGAUAGAGCUUCUCCACCGUCGCCGAUCCUUCCUCCCGAGCUCAUCGAGAAUAUUCUCUCCAGGCUCCCUGUCAAGUUGCUCCUGCAACUCAGGUGUGUAUGCAAGUCUUGGAAUUCCUUGAUCUCCGAUCCCCGAUUUGCUAAACUGCACCUCCGUGUUUCAAUUACGGACCGUAAGUUCACUCACCAUAACAUCGUGUUCUGCGUCCCGGGACCUAGUCGUACUGUUACAUCUUGCCCUGUUUCAUCCACACGCGAGCGCAAACGCACGAACGCCGUGAAACUGAAAUACCCUUUGAAGAGACAAAAUCCAUAUGAUUUCAUUGUGGGUUCUUGCAACGGCUUGCUUUGUUUCGCUAUUCGACCCAGCCAUGUCCUUGUCUGGAACCCGUCUAUUAGAAAAUGCAAGAAAUCUCCUUGUUUAGAUUAUCAAAAACGGGACGGGAGUUAUAUAAUAUAUGGGUUUGGUUGUGAUCAAUCUAUUGAUAAAUACAAGGUGGUCGCAAUUUUCUGCUAUAAUAGUGAUGGUAGAGGUGAUUAUAAAACAGAAGUCAGCGUUUAUACAUUGGGUGAUGAUUCUUGGAGGAUGAUUCAGGAGUUCCCUUUAGGUAUCCCGUAUGAUGAAAUGGGAAAAUUUGUGAGCGGAACACUUAAUUGGGUGGCAGAUAGUCGUUCACGUUCUUCUCUGGUUGUUAUUUCUCUUGAUUUAGAGAAGGAGUCAUAUGUAGAACUUCCACAGCCUGAUCAUGGAGACGGUAUGCUUACAUUGACCUUGGGAGUAUUGGGAGACUGCUUGGCCAUCCUUUAUAACUAUGGCACGCGCUCAGAUGUGUGGAUCAUGAAGGAUUUUGGUGUUAAAGAGUCUUGGACUAAACUGUUCAACAUUCCGUCCCGGAAAAUCCUGUCCUUCUAUGUCCGAAGGAUCGCUGUAUUUCGGAGAGUAGUGAAAUACUGUUGCAGGACAGGUGGCUCUUAA